AUGGACCAGCAAUCAAUCCCUACUCAAUUGGGCGGCAACCUUCCUGGAGAAGAUGGCCCAAGAGUUCUCGACGCUUUUCAAGGAUUCAUAUCACCGGCGGAGGCGAGUGACGGAGGCCGCGCCGCCGCGGGUGGCGGCGAAGGAAGGGCUGUUCCGGUCGAAAGCUUCGGUUAUCGUGAGGCCCGCCUCGGAAUCUCAGGCCGGAAAGCGCCUCCCGGGAUCUGGGAGCUGGACGGCGACGAGCUCAUCCGAGUCGAUCGAUUCGACCCGCUGGCUGAGGAGCUCGUGGCUUCCCAUCCCCAUCUCUGGCAACUCGACGGCAACCAGCUCGUCCGGGUCGAGCAACACGCCUCCGAGGCUGACGCGCUCAUGGUCGAAUACGGCCAUCAGCUGGCCGAAGGGCUCGCCCCACUCGAAGUGCCCGACCUGCUGUACUUGCCGACUGUUGAGGACCUGAUCGACUUGCUCGAGCCCGAGCACCAGAUUCUCGUCGAACACUUCUUCGACAACAUGAACAACAUCUUCAGCGAGCGGGCCAACAACCUCAACAUCAAUCAGGCGCGCUUGACCCACGAAGAGCUGCAUCGGCACUUUGGCGACUUCGAAGCAACACUACGUGCCUUCCAGCUGUUGGAAGCUGUAAACCCUUGUUGGCUUGAGGAGGUAAUGGACGAUCUGCGGGAAGCCUUGCUCGACUUGAAUCCCGACUCCACCCUCAUUGCCCGUCGAGCUUAUAGGGUUGCUCACAUGCUGGACCGCGUCAAUAACACUACUGCUGUCUCGUCCCUGGUCGCCAAGAAUCCUGCUCGGGAACCUGCUGGAUGCUCAGUCUGUCUCACCGACUAUCGCCCAUAUUCUCACAUCGUCGUCUUGCCAUGCCAUCCUUCCCACCACUUUCACCGAAGAUGCAUCGAGGUGAACCUCUUGUCUUUUCCGCCAAAACUUGGAGAACCUGCAUACUGA